CUCAAAGAAGCCAAUACAUUCUAGGCUUUACCAUUACGUUUUUCUCCUCCAAGAUGGCGGCGCCCAUGGAAGUAAGGUGACACUGAGGCAGCUGUGCAGGUGAUAAAUGAGGAUGAGGAGUCUGCGCUUGUUGGUUGCAGCCCGCCAGCUAUGUGCUGGGCUCAGACAGACCGCAGCGGGGGAACCACUGGGAGCAAAGUCACAGUUGCUCCGGGCCUCCCACACUUCGUCUACACCCGGACCUCCGGUGACCACCCCGCCGCCAAACACUGUGGCUCCAUUUGAAGACUCGUUCACCCAGGGCCAGCGGGACAAGGCCUCGUUUAUCCAGGUGCUUGACUUAUUCUGCGGCCGAGAUGUGAGGAGGAGAGGUCACGUAGAGAUGAUCGAGGCGGCGCUCAGGUGGAUGCCGCAGUUUGGAGUGGAGAAAGACUUAGAGGUUUACAACAAACUGCUCGAUGUCUUCCCCAAGGAGGUCUUCGUCCCCCAAAACUUCAUCCAGACCAUGUUCCUCCAUUACCCCCGACAGCAGGAGUGUGCCAUCAGGGUCCUGGAUCAAAUGGAGUUCUAUGGUGUCACCCCUAACAGGCACACCUACUUCCUCUUGGUCCAAACGUUUGGGAAGCUCAGCCACCCUGUGAAGAAGUACCAGCGACUGCUCUACUGGUUCCCCCGCUUUAAACAUGUCAACCCCCACCCUGUGCCGCUUCACCUAGAGGCUGACCCUGUCGCCAUGUCCAAAGUUUGUCUGGAGCGAAUAGCGGCCGACAGAGACGCCAAGGCGACGGUGUACCAGCUUCCGUCAUCGGAGGUGCGCGAGGAUGGGACAGCCCAGGAGCACUUACAUCUUGUGGGCAUCCAGUCUCCAGAUCAGAUGUCUCUCCUGGCCGACCAUGACCCCAGUUACCCUGUCAUAGUUGAAGGUCCGUUCCCACUCUGGCUGAAGAAGACCUGCGUCCAGUACUACGUCCUCCGCGCAGAGCCGGGUGCUACAAAGAAGGAGGAGGUGGACCCUGAGAGAUGUUUCUACUACCCACUCCAACUGGACCUGGACCUGGAGAGGGAUCUCGGCGAUGAUUUAACCUUUGAUGUGGACGAAGUGGAGGAAGGUCCGGUCUACGCCAUGUGCAUGGCAGGUUCUGUAGAUGAGCGAACGCUGGGGAAAUGGAUUCAGGGUCUUCAAGAAACCAACCCCAUCCUUGCUCAACUGCCAGUCCUUUUCCGACUGACCCCGGGCCCGCAGGACCUAAGCCUCCCCGCGCAAGAGGAGGCCGAAUCGCCCAAGGAGGAGGGAGGACAGGCAUCAGCUGAGGAGGAAGAGGAGACUAGACGGCAUCGUAGGAUGGAGCAGUAACGGAGCCGUACUGGGAGAGACCUUCAUGUCCAGGGACAGGCUGGUCACAGGACAGAUCCAUGGAGGCAAUGACAUUUAAAGGGAACCUGUCCCCGCGACUCGUCCUUUCAUAUUCGGCCAUAUUAUAGACUCCCUAAUAUAAAUCAGAAAUGAAAUCCAGUAAAUGGUGAUGAGUGCUGAUCGGGGGGGGGGGGGGGCUGGAAGACAUCCGGCCGAGCCCAGAGAGGUGACAUGACCGCGCACUGUGUCGGUGUCUAUGGUCCUCUUCCGCUCCCCCUGCAUCCUUCUUACCACUAUUUAGGCAGCUUUGCCAGGUAAGCUAAGUGACGACCUCUAUGGGGUGCAAAAUAACCACGUUGGUUGUCGGAAAAGCAGCAAGCUGGCCACCAGUAAUGUCCCCACAGUCAUGUAACCCUUCUCAAACCUGGUGGUUGUCACACGCAAACAAAUCAGUAAACCUCAGCGAGGGCGAUCGGCGAUUUCAUAAGUGGGCGUGCUGUGUGAGGGCAUACUACGUUACCAUAGCGACUGCUCGGACAAGAAAAUAUAUUCAUUUGUAAAUGGAUCAGAACACGCAAGACCAGUCACUUUCAAUAAAUGUCAAUGGUAACGGCGUG